GCUAGGUCGUUGAAAUUUUCGUCAUCACGUCCUGUCAACCCUAUGCCUCUGUCUUGGAUGGUAAAAGAGAUGAAUCCUUCUGAUUAAAUGGGAUUUAUGCCAAUUUGUGAAAUAUAGUCUUCAUAUUUGAUAAGCAAAUCGUUUGUAAUUGACAUUGCGGCACUUGAAGAGCUUGAAGACAUCAAAGGAAAUGACAGAAACGUAUGAUUUCCUUUUUAAAUUCUUGGUGAUUGGAAGUGCAGGAUCGGGGAAAUCCUGUCUUCUCCAUCAAUUUAUAGAAAACAAGUUCAAGCAGGACUCCAGCCACACCAUUGGGGUGGAGUUUGGCUCCCGGGUGGUGAUGGUCGCCGGUAAGACGGUCAAGCUGCAGAUCUGGGACACAGCUGGACAGGAGCGAUUCCGGUCAGUGACUCGCAGUUAUUACAGAGGGGCAGCAGGGGCUCUCCUGGUUUAUGACAUCACCAGUCGGGAAACGUACAAUGCCCUGACCAACUGGUUGACAGACGCUCGAACGCUGGCCAGUCCAAACAUUGUCAUCAUCCUGUGUGGGAACAAGAAAGACCUGGAGGCUGACAGAGAGGUCACCUUCCUCGAGGCGGCCCGCUUCGCCCAGGAGAACGAACUGAUGUUCCUGGAGACGAGUGCCCUCACCGGUGAGAAUGUGGAGGAGGCCUUCCUUAAAUGUGGUCGCACCAUCCUCAACAAGAUAGAGUCAGGUGAGUUAGACCCGGAGCGGAUGGGCUCAGGGAUCCAGUAUGGUGACACAACGGUGAGGCAGCUUCGCCAGUCGCCGCAGGCUGGCUCAGCACAGGGCAGAGAUCAGUGCAACUGUUAAAGGCUAAUGCUAACCUAGCUCUAAGACACAUAGAACCCAUGUCUCCAGGGCCCGAUGUAAAUCUUUCUUCUAACAGUCUCUGCACACUCAGGCCUUUGGAGGACUGCCCUGUGACUCUUGACACCUGCUCUUGGACUACUUCUGGAGAGACCCUGUGUAAAGAUUUGGGCUGGGUUGUCACGGAGCUAUCUGGGUUGUCACGGAGCUACUCUCCUCCAGGCCUUUCUCUCUCUGACUACUGCUCCAGUCCGCGUCGCCAGGGAAUACAAGUGACAUCAGCAGAGAGGACUGGUCAGUCACAGAGCCAGGCCAAUGGACACACACAGGACAUUUGUUUUCAAUAUCUUUACUCAGAAGCAGCCACAGCAGCUCACAAACCUCUCACUGUUCAAACUCUGAUGGGACCGACAUGAUGUAAAGAGAACAUCACACUUUAAUUUGUGUCUAAUCUCUAUAAAAGUUAAGCCUAUUUAUUGGUUGUGUUGAAAACUGUAAGAUAUUGUAAAUAUAUCAAAAGGAAAUAUAACAUUUAUGUGAUAUUUGUGUAAAAUGUUUUAAGAGAAAAAAAGCAGAGGACUUGUGGUAGUCACCGUGUACACAUACUGUAAUGUGUGAAUGUGUUUGUGAAAAUUGUUACAACGUUAAAGCUGGAAUCCUUAUCGGUGAAACGUCUUGUUUGCUCUAUUACAACAACAAAGAAGUUACUUCAAACAAUGAACACUGUUUUUUCCCUCAGACAUCAUUGCAUGGCAGAGGAGGCUGGUGGGAGGAGCUGUAAGAGGAUGGGCUCAUUGUAAGUGCUGGAAUGGAGUCAACGGAACAUAGUCAAGCAUAUGGUUUCCAUAUGUUUGAUACUGUUCCAUUUAUUCAAUUUCAGCCAUUACAAUGAGCCUGUCCUCUUAUAGCUCCUCCCACCAGUCUCCUCUGUAAUGCACGCAUGAUGGAAUGGCAGGUUUUUAUUUACCACAAUGCUGGAUGCUCAUAUCUUCUGUUUCAAAACAAUAACAAACGCGCCUAUAACAUUCCACUGUUUCACCUUUCACAGAUCUCAGCUUUAAUAUCUUUGAAUGACUAUCAUAAUCUUCAAUUUUGGGACAAACAAAUAAUAUGUAUUUUAAAUGUGUAAGGUGUUGUGCAAUGAUUAUGAAAGGGUUAAGGCCAUAUCUAAAUCCAUUCUAACCAGAAUAUCAUUGAUAGAUUGAGUGAUAAUUGGUGUAUUUACUUGAUGUAAAGCACAAAUGUGAAAAUCUACAUUUUUGCAUACAUCUGGACUAUGAUCUUACGUAUGAACUGUCUAUCUAUAAAAUGUAUCACUAUGUGUGCUAGAUGUAACUGUUGAACUGAAGAACUGCCCCUCUUUGCAAAGCCUGUAUGAUCUUGAAUUAAUAAAUUAUUAAACCAAAUGUUCAUUAAA